AUAAUUGCUGAUGACAUGUUUCUCCUGAUCCUAUGGCGGUUCAAUACUUUUUUCAUAAGCAGUUUUGGACAAACGCAUUCAUCAAAACUUGUAUUGUAUUUUCUCUUUUGAGUUACCUUGUAGUUUCAAGAUUCAAGAUUCAAGAUGUUUUUAUUUGUCACAUACACUAAACUACAAACGUGCGUGUUUGUAUUGUUUUGCAUGAAUGUUUAUGUAAUGAACUGUUAAAGCUGCACGAUAAAAAAACGUGAUACCUGCCGUAUAAUUAAAAGUGAGAGAGCUCUAUAGAUAAUACUGCAUAGAAGUGGAGGUUGUUGCACAAUCUGUCCCGAGUGUAACGUCUCCGGGGAGUCCGGGUUGCUCGUUCUGCAAGCUCGAAGUCGUGUGUCUGAGAAAAAGGGAGAGAAGAAAAGAAUUGAGGAGGAAAAAAGGGGGAAGGGAGGGGGGGGGGUAAAUCGUCCACUGCACAUUGAUGUAACAGAGACGAUGGGAUGUAACAGAAACAGACGGUAAUAAAAAAUGAUGUGCAAGAGAGAUGAAGCAUGGGAGAGAUGUGGAGGGUCAACCUCUGGUUUUAUCAUCAACAAGGACAGAACCAGAGGAAAGAAGGCCACUGAUGCUUUUCUAUUCCUCUCACUUUCUGAACGAGACUCAAACAAACACAGUUUUGUUUCACUGGGCAUCUGUUCUGUUUAGUUUGCUCCUGGUCCUGGCUCAGAUAACACACACACACACACACAUACAAAAACUCACGAAUACACAAAGUGGAGACAACUCAAUAAUCAAUUUCUCUCAUUGUUUACACUUUUUCUUGUUUGUUUAACCCAGAUGAAAAUAUGGCUCAUAUAACAUUUACAUAUUCAGUAUUCGGCAGAAGUUCUGAUUCAUAAGCUCAAAGCUGAAAUCUUCACCAAGCGACCAGUUAACGGCCUCUGAGCGGUCACAGGAGCGGGGAACUUGAAGUCCAAGCGUGCUGUGAAAGAUGGUCGGGGCCCUGUCUCCCGUAAAAAUGGCUGACGCGGCGCAGCCAGGCCCCAGCAGCCAGCGGAUACCCGGGGAUAAUUCAUCAGCCUCGUCAUCGCCUGCCACAACUAGAAACGAAUGCAGCAUCACACCCCUCACACCCUCACCGAUGGUGGAGGUCAGACCCAGGAUGUCCUGUCCGUUCUCAGUUGUCGUGGCGAUAGACUUUGGGACGACCUCCAGCGGCUACGCGUUCAGCUUCACACGGGACUCAGAAGCCAUUCACAUGAUGAAGCGCUGGGAGGGCGGCGACCCAGGGGUGGCCAAUCAGAAGAGCCCGACCUGUCUGCUGCUCACUCCUGAUUUGCGGUUCCACAGUUUUGGGUUUGCGGCCCGGGACUUCUACCACGACCUGGACCCGGAGGAGGUCCGGCACUGGCUGUACUUCGAUAAGUUCAAGAUGAAGAUCCACAGCACAAGUGACCUCAACAUCGAGACGGAGCUGGAGGCGGUCAACGGACGGAGGGUCAGAGCCAUCGAGGUCUUUUCUCACGCCCUGCACUUCUUCAGGGAACAUGCCCUCAAGGAGGUGAAGGACCUGUCAUCAUCGGUGCUGCUGGGAGAAGAUAUCAGAUGGGUGAUCACCGUCCCCGCUGUGUGGAGACAACCUGCCAAACAGUUCAUGAGAGAGGCUGCAUACCUGGCGGGUCUGGUGUCUCCCGACUGUCCCGAGCAGCUCCUCAUCGCACUGGAACCCGAAGCUGCGUCCAUUUACUGCCGUAAGCUCCGCCUCCACCAGGUGCUUGACCUGAGCUUGCAGCCAAUCACGAACGGCUUUGAUCUGGAAGGGUCCCGGCCCUUUGACUCCAGCUUCAGACAAGCGAGGGAGCAGUUGAGGCGAUCGAGACACAGCAGAACCUUCCUGGUGGAGAGUGGAACUGGAGAGCUGUGGUCUGAGCUACAGACUGGCGACAGGUAUAUUGUUGCCGACUGCGGAGGAGGAACGGUUGACCUGACGGUCCAUCAGAUCGAGCAGCCGCAGGGAACGCUCAAAGAGCUCUACAAGGCUUCAGGCGGUCCGCACGGCGCCGUCGGAGUGGACCUGGCCUUCGAAGCCAUGCUGUGCCAGAUCUUCGGCGAGGACUUCAUCCAGAGCUUCAAAGCCAAGCGGCCGGCGGCUUGGGUGGACCUCACCAUCGCGUUCGAGGCGAGGAAACGGACGGCGGCGCCGGGCAGGACCAACGCCCUCAACAUCUCCCUGCCCUUCUCCUUCAUCGACUUCUACAAGAAUCACAAGGGGCAGAGCGUGGAGGCCGCCCUGAGGAGGAGCAAUAUGAACAUCGUGAAGUGGUCGUCCCAGGGGAUGCUGCGGCUGACGCAGGAAGCCAUGAACGAGCUCUUCCAGCCCACCGUCGUCGGUAUCGUCAAACACAUCGAGGAGCUGAUGGCAAAGCCGGAGGUGCAAGGUGUGCGUUUCCUCUUCCUGGUCGGCGGCUUUGCGGAGUCGCCCAUGCUGCAGAGCGCGGUCCAGAGAGCACUGGGGCGGGCGUGUCGCAUCAUCAUCCCCCACGACGUCGGGCUGACCACACUCAAGGGCGCCGUGCUCUUCGGGCUGGACCCCACCGUGGUCAGAGUGCGGCGCUGCCCCCUGAUCUACGGCGUCGGCGUCUUGAACCGGUUCGUGGAGGGGCGCCACCCUCGUGACAAACUCCUCAUCAAGGAGGGUCGCGAGUGGUGCACCGACAUCCUCGACCGCUUCGUCUGCGUCGACCAAUCGGUGGCUCUGGGCGAGGUCGUGAGGCGGAGCUACACGCCCGCUCGCCUGGGCCAGCGGAAGAUCAUCAUCAACAUCUACUGCAGCUCGGCGGACGACGUCACCUACAUCACCGACCCCGGAGUCAGGAAGUGCGGCACGAUAACGUUGGACCUACCGGAACCGUUACCGCUACCGGGAGCAGUGGGGGGAGGAGGAGGAGGAGGAGGAGGAGGAGCAGGAGCAGGCCCAGAGAGGAGAGAGAUCAGGGUGACCAUGCAGUUUGGAGACACGGAGAUCAAAGUCACAGCCGUUGAUGUCAUGUCUAACCGCUCCGUCCGAGCUUCCAUAGACUUCCUGUCUAACUGAGGAGGAGCAGGAAGUAGAGACGAGGGUUGGAAAAACAUAGGACAAGUAACUGAUUCUAGGGAUGAUAACUGUAUGGUACUUUGGGCGUCGGCUUUGCAUUCAAAGAAAAAACUCACAUCCUGUAAAUCCUGCUUCACGUUUAUUCAUUCGAGUCUCAAAAAGGUCACGGGGGGGGGGAACCAUUUCUUCCUUUUCUUCAAACUCUCCGGCCUUCAUAAGUACAGACGGAAAAACAACGUGUCAGCAUCUCAACUGAAGAGUCGGGCGCCCUCUACUCCAAGAAAAGAAGACAUGAAUUCGGUGUCAUGUCACACCACAUAAUUUUUGUCAGAGGCAUUUCCUGCCCAGAAAUUAUUCACAGGAACACUUAGUAUGAAGUCUGUAAAAGCUAAAGCCAGCAGGUGGCUGAGUGCCUCCCUGCUGCAACGAGGUGUUUUUAACUAUUGCAUUAAACUACCUAGAGUGGGACUCACUCAUCUUAUUCUAUGAAGACUGCUGCCGCCCCCUCAUAUAAUGGGUUAUACAGGGAUAUGUGACACGUUCUGGUCUGAUACCUCUGAUUGAAAUCCGUUGACCCAAACUGCAGCUUUGUUUCUCCGUUGUCUCUGUGGUAGUGCUCGACCUAGUGGCGGAAAGACCGAACUACAAGCUGGAGGUCAUAAGGGCGGUUAAAGGUUCCCAGCAUGUAGGAGACUCACUCAUAAGGUUCCUUCACUGGGAGAGACUGUGCCAUUAUGGCAGAAUAUCAAUGUUUUUCAUAAAGUACGUCACCAUUUAAUUUGUUUAUGCAAAUCAAGGUAAGUCAAGCUGUUUGACAAGCUAUUUCUCCAGAUUAUACUUCUUUAUUCACAUACAGAAAUGAGAGUACACUAGCGAGCCUGUCCAGUUGCUUUCAACCUCAUCUCCCUUUCUCAGUAGAUGGAGUAAGUUAUGAUGGAGAUGGCUCAGUUGUCUUCACUAGACCUUAUGCUACGCUCAGUUGUGGAAACCUGAGCGCAACAUGGCGACGGGUCUCCUCUUCUCCCAAAAAAGGACCAAUGCUGUGGUGAAGGUCCACAAUAUUUAUUUAUUGUGAUUUGGUAUCAAUAAUCAUCAGGGUGAGUCCCAAAACACUCUUUGCAAGUAGCCUCACUUGCCUAGGCCACAAAAAGUAAACAAAAGCUAUCUUACCGACCUCUUUUACUUUGAAACAGGAGAAAACAAGGGGUACAAAAAUGGCUUCUCACCCCUACUACUACAAAGACUGCUCCAUGACCCCCAGCACUCGGGAAAGUGUUUGCAUGUACGCAAUUAAUAUUAUCUUCCGUCUGGAAGAUGGAGAGGCAAGACAGAGAGCACCGGUCUCCCCCGGUUCCCUCUUCAAAGCAUCUGUCCAAUGACUGAAGUGAUAGACAACGGAGUAAACUAUCAACUGAGGAAGACUAAAGGAUAAAUGCAUUUAAAAGGGCUGAAAAAGUAGCUUUAGUUUUUUGGGGGGGGGGGUCUAAUUAGUCUGUAUUGUAUUAGUUGUACUUUUUAUUAACUUUCCAUCCUAUUAUGAACCAUUUAAAGCCACUUUGUUUGUUGUAUGCUAUAAUAAACUGUAUUCCCAUUAGAUUAUCAGACACUGUAUCAUGUUCAUUUUGCCAACCUAACCCAGUUUCUUUUAACUUUGAAAAAAAAAAGUUUCCAAGUAUCAUACUUACAUUAUUAUAAUUCCAUAAUUCAUGGCCUUACAUUUUAAAUUAAAAUAAAAACUUUUACCAUUUCCCCACAGCAAUAGCAUGCGUUACUUCUAUUUAAAGACCACGGCGUCAGGAACAAUCUGUUGUCGACCAAGUGUACAACAUAACACACCUGACAACAGUGUGAUUUCAGCUGUGAAUUUAUUGAUAAGAAUGGUCCAAUAGUUUCACACAUCCAAAACAAUGAAUGGUUCAGAACUGCUCAACAUUUUAUCAGUGCUUUACUUCCCAUGUUACACAUCAGUUUGUCACAUGAACAGAUUAGAAAUGAUGCAACAGCUGCUUCAGGUCAGAGAAGAGCAAACACGGGAGGACAGGAGUGCGUUUAGUUCAAAACCAAAGGGGGACUAGUUCCAUUUUUCUUGUAUUUCAACCCCAUUUCUCAGUAAACUGGCUACACAUGGAAAGAUGGAAGGCAUGACAUGUUAAGACAGACUCAGUGAAAGCUUUAGUCAGAACAUACAGGCGACAAAGAAAACAAUGAGCCACCUUCCACCACGUCCAAAGAAUCAGUGUUGAAAUUGCCAGA